UGCGCAAGCGUCUGUCUCGAAAGCCGAACCUGGGUCCUGGCCAUUGGCGGAGGCCCCCGGGGCGACCCGUUAUGGCACGGCUCUGACAUCAUCGUCGACCAAUGACAGGCGGGCUCGGGUCGGGGCCUCCCAGCGCCCAGCGAAAGCGCCCGAGUAUUUUUAGGAGGUCUUCGAGGCACCUUGCCCCAGCGCGCCUCUGCAGUGUGUCCAGUCUUCGCUCAGUGCUCAUCCCGAUCGCUUCCGAGGAAACCCUCGCUUCGCAAAUCUCGCGUCAUGGCUAACCGUGGACCCGCCUAUGGACUUAGUGCCCAAGUCGCCAACAAGAUCGCGGGCAAGCGCGACCCCGCCCUCGAAGAGAGCAUCCUGGACUGGAUGUCGGCCAUCAUGGGUCAGCAGCUGCCCCGCGGCGACUUCGGCGACACCCUGCGCGACGGAACGAUCCUCUGCCAUUUCAUGAACAAGCUGAUGCCCGGCUGCAUCCCCAAGAUCAACACCUCCGGCGGCCAGUUCAAGAUGAUGGAGAACAUCACCAACUUCCAGAACGCUGCCAAGCAGUGGGGCGUGCCCGAGAUCGACGUCUUCCAGACGGUUGACCUCUGGGAGAAGAGGAACAUCGCCCAAGUUGCCCAGUGCCUGAUGGCCAUCGGACGUGCCUGCUACAAUCACCCCGAGUACACAGGCCCCUGCCUGGGCCCCAAGCCCUCCGAGGAACAGAAGCGCGAGUGGACCCAGGAGCAGCUCCGGGCCUCCGAGGGCAUCAUCAACCUGCAGUACGGCUCCAACAAGGGCGCCACGCAGAGCGGCCAGAACUUCGGCAACACCCGGCACAUGUAGAGCCUCCUUGGCCAGACUCAGGCAGCGAGCGAGCGCGCGUCCCACACCUCCGGAGAAAAGCCCAUAGCGAUGUCCUCCCUUCUUCCCUCCUUGGACACCUCUCCCUCUUCGUGCCACUCAGUCCAGAUCCCACCGAAGAGAGUCCCGCUGACCUUCCAACCCUAAGCCCGCGUAUACCUUGUUGUUUUAUUCGUUAUAUCGCUGUUGGCUUUUUUUUUUCGGUUUUAAAAUAAAAGGAAGCGCUUCUUUUUGUUAUUUUUGUUUAUUUGUACGACACCAAGAAAAUAAAUAUGAUGCGGUGAAUGACGGACGUCCGGA